GUGCUCACAGCCCUGCUCGCGCUGUUAAAAUGUUCCCACACGGUUAAAAUUCAGCCCCACUUUCUUCCAGGGUGACCACAGUGCCUGGCUGAAGAUAAGGGCGCCAGGCUCUGCGAUCACCCAACCUUCCUGGAAUCCAGAGCAACACCGCAGGCUGAGGAGGCAGCGACCGGCAGCUCACUGACAGGGCGGAAAUGCAAACACCGGUCUCUGCUGAGCCAGGCUGUGAAAACCAACACAAGGAAGUUGCUUUGCUGCUGUGCAAAGUCGUCAGAGAGAAGUGUGUGUCCAGGAGACAGGACCUUCUGAACUGUUGGCCUUCAACUUGCAGGACAAGAAAAAGAUUCUCAGCGGAGCCCCCAGCCCUGCAGGCUGCCGGAGGUGGCCGAACCUGGACGGACGUGGCCAGCAGGGAACCUAGCACCUGCCCAUUGCCCUCAGUGGAGCUGUGCACCAGGAAGCCCCCACUCGGCUCAGAGAGCUCAGCUUUGAGGAUGGAGUCAGGAGGGGGAUCUCCAGGGCCCCCUGCCCCCAUUAUUGCCCUAGGGAUGCCAGAUGCCGGGCCUGGCUGUUGCUCUGUGGAGCUGCCGAGCACAGACCAGGGGAAGCUCCAAGCUCUGCCCAUCGGGCUGGGUGCCCACAGUGGGAACCCAGCCCCCGGGAGCACUGGCAGCCAGGCCACUGCAGGAGAUAGCCCCCUGGACACAGGCCCCACUGGGGGGCCCAGCAGGGGCACAAAGAUCCCUAACCGGGACAGCGGGAUCGGCAGCCCAUCCUGUAGUGUGGCCGAGGGGCACUUCCCCUGCGAGGAAGGCAGGGAGGUGGGCUCAGGCCAUGCCGCCCAGGGGCUGCUCCCGGCGAGGGCCCCCGAUGACAAAGCCCUGCGGGAGGAGGCCGACAGUGAUGUGGGUGAGGACAGCAGCGAGGAGCCCAAUCCUGAGGACAGCCCCCCGAGGGCUGACAUGGACCCUGCCAAGUGCUCUGGGCCCCAGAAGCUGCUCCACAUUGCCCAGGAGCUCCUGCGCACCGAGGAGACCUAUGUGAGGCGGCUGCACCUGCUAGACCAGGUCUUCUGUGCCCAGCUGACAGAAGCAGGGAUCCCCCAGGAAGUCACCACGGGCAUCUUCUCCAACAUCUCCUCCAUCUACCGCUUCCAUGGGCAGUUCCUCCUGCCUGAGCUGCGCACGCGGAUCACUGAGGAGUGGGACACAAAGCCCCGGCUCGGAGACAUCCUGCAGAAGCUGGCCCCAUUCCUCAAGAUGUAUGGCGAGUAUGUCAAGAACUUCGACCGGGCGGUGGAGCUGGUGAGCUCCUGGACCCAGCGCUCACUGCUGUUCAAGGACAUCGUGCACGGCAUCCAGAAGCAGGAGGUGUGUGGGAGUCUGACGCUGCAGCACCACAUGCUGGAGCCUGUGCAGAGGGUGCCCCGCUACGAGCUGCUGCUCAAGGACUACCUGCUGAGGCUCCCAGGGGAUGCCCCUGACUGGAGAGAUGCACAGAGAUCCUUGGAGCUCAUCUCCACAGCCGCCAAGCACUCCAAUGCUGCCAUUCGGAAAAUGGAGAAGAUGCACAAGCUCCUGGAGGUGUACGAGCGGCUGGGAGGGGAGGAGAACAUUGUCAACCCUGCCGACGAGCUCAUCAAGGAGGGCCACAUUCAGAAACUGUCGGCCAAGAGUGGCGCAGUCCAGGACCGCCACCUCUUCCUGUUCAACAGCAUGAUCCUUUACUGUGUACCCAAACUGCGGCUCAUGGGGCAAAAAUUCAGUGUCCGGGAGAAGAUGGACAUUUCAGACCUCCAGGUGCAGGAUGUCGUCAAGCCGAACGCUGCCCCCACUUUCGUCCUAGUGGGAAGGAAAAGGUCCCUGGAGCUGCAAACACGGACAGAAGAGGAGAAGAAAGAAUGGAUUCAGGUCAUCCAGGCCACCGUCGAGCAGCACAAGCAGAACAGCCAGAGCUUCAAGGCCUUCAGCAGCUCCUUCGGCCAGGAUGAGGCCGCUCUCACUCCAGAACCCCCUCACUCCAGGACCUUUGCACCUGCUGUUCCCUCUGUCCAGAAGGUCUCACUUACAUCUGCUCUGCCGCAAGACUUGAGGCUUCCAGUCAGCUCUGAGCCCGAGCCCUGGAGGGGGUCCUCUAAGAGCAGGUGGGACAAGGAGAAGCAGGGCUGCUGGAGCUGUGGGGAGACCUUCAACUCCAUCACCAAGAGGAAGCACCGCUGCAAGCUGUGCGGGGUGGUCAUUUGUGGGAAGUGCUCUGAGUUCAAGGCUGAGAAUGGCAGGCAGAGCCGUGUCUGCCGAGGGUGUUUCCUGAUGCAGCCGGUGGCUCCCGCGAGCCUGAGCCUCGAGGUGCCGCCUGUGUCCAAGCACAGCACAGAGCAGGAUGGCCAGCCACCGCAGGCCCUGCCCCUCUCCGGCUGCACAGUGAGCGUGGACCCUGCAGAGGGGCUGCACACAGGCGUGUGUGGCAGUUGCGCCCGGCCCUGCAGGCCCUGUACCUGAGUGCUUCUUCACCGAGCUGCAGCAGUGCUGGCUGGAGGCUCUGACCACUGCCCCCCAAGGAGCCCAGGACCCGUGCAGCCUGGGGGCCCCGCAGUCCCAGGCUCCAGCACCCGUGAGCUGAAUCUUGGCCACACCUUCAGCUCUGUGAGCCCCCAGGGCAGAGCCCAUGCUCAUCUGGGAGGUGGUGUCAGAGGCCACAUGAUGGCGCAAAGGGUGCCCAGAUUGUGGAGGGGCCCACAGGCCACAGGACACUUGGCCCUGGAGCACCCCUCUGCUUCAGAGGGGAGGAAACAGAGGCCCAGAAGGGCAACCACAUGCCCAGAGUCACCUGGCACAUCACAAAGAGCCUGGCCUCUGCCAGCAGCCCCAGCAGCAAGCCCAGGGCGGUGCGCUGGCUGACAACGAGCCAGGCCCAAACCAUGUGGCCGUGCAGAAUCUGGGUCAGGAAGGUGGAGCGAGCACCCUGGUUGGUGCCCAGAGACGCUUGGUGGAGCCCGUGGUCAUGCUGUCCCUCUGUCUGCUGCCUGCCUGUCGGCGCCAUUUACUCUGUGAGCCAAACGUGACAAGCCCCGCCUCCUCCUCCCCCCUCUGCCUUCUUCUCGCAGCUGGCUACCAUGGGAGCACUCCCAUUGGGAGUGCCGGCUGUGGGCCUGGGCCUGCCCCACCAGACCUUGCUGAGAACCUCACCAGCAUGCCCACUGGCAUCACGUGGUGGACUGAGGUCUGUGCCUGUGCCCCUGGUGGGCAGCAGGCAGUGCCUGUCUGAGUAAAUAAAUGCUGGCAGCCAGCAGGUGGA